AUGGUACAUAAAGUAAAAGUCUCUCGACCAAGCAUCGAUUACAUACAUAGCGAGUUGGAGAUAUCCUGUGUUGAAAUCAACGAUGGACAUGUUUGGAAGGAUUUAAAUAUACCGUCUAGGAUCCUGAAGACGUGUGCAAUUUGUGGAGUAAAAAACGUAUGGUCAUGGAUCACCACAAUUAAGUGUAAGGAAUGUAAGAUGGUUUGUCAUCGGCAAUGCUUGCCUGAGUUCGAUGAGAAAAUAUGUCCUUUGCUCGUUAACCAUCACGAUGAGGAUUUAUCGACGACAACAAAUUCAAAUAACAAACCGUCAUCCGUUGUCCUGAUCACGGGAGGACUCGACGGCAACGACGAGGUGGCCGAGCACGACUCCAACAGCAGUGGCUGUCAUGCCGAGAAAUCGGCGUCGGCUUCAAAGGCACCUCUCUGUCCACUUGUCGACCGCCCGCGUAGCAAGAGCUCGUCUCCCAGCCCCAAACGCGAAUCGCCAUUUCUUUUUGAAGUAUAA